GUCAGUUUCUCCGCUGUAAACAGGCGGUGUUAGAGCGUCAAACUUCGGGUGGGUCCGGGAAAAACCUAGUGAAACUUCAGAAAGUGUAAUGCUCUGAAUGAAAUACUUUCUUCCGGCAGCAAGCGGAUCAACUCACACAUAUAAAAUGACCACCACGGAGGGCGGUUACGUACACACCUUUGGCCCAGAGCUGCCUGCCAUGUUUGAUGGUGUGAAGCUGGCGGCGGUGGCUACCAUCCUCUAUAUCAUUGUCCGCUGUCUGAACCUCAAGAGUCCCACUGCACCACCAGAGAUCAUUUACCAGGACACCCUGCUCAGUCACUACCUGCUCAAGACCUGCCCAAUGCUGACCAAAGAAUACAUUCCUCCCUUGCUGUGGGGGAAGAGCGGUCACAUCCAGACGGUGCUCUACGGGAAGAUGGGACGUGUCAAAACUCCAACGCCCUGUGGGGUUCGCAUGUUCCUCCCAAUGCAGGAUGGUGCUACGGCUACCUUUGACCUCUUUGAAGCUAUUGGAGCCCACACCACUGGAGAUGACAUUACCAUGGUAAUCUGUCCUGGGAUUGGUAACCACAGUGAGAAGAACUACAUCCGGACCUUUGUGGAUUAUUCCCAGCGGCAGGGUUACCGCUGUGCCGUCCUCAACCACCUGGGAGCCCUGCCUAAUGUUGAGCUCACCUCGCCACGCAUGUUUACAUACGGUUGUACCUGGGAGUUCGGAGCUAUGGUGGACUACAUAAAACGCACUUUUCCCCAGACUCUGCUGGUGGUCGUGGGGUUCAGUCUGGGAGGAAACAUUGUCUGUAAGUUCCUGGGGGAAAACCAGUCAAACCAGGACAGAGUGCUAUGCUGUGUCAGCGUCUGCCAGGGUUACAGUGCCCUCAGGGCUCAGGAAACUUUCCUUCAGUGGGACCAGUGCCGGAGGCUCUACAACUUUAUGUUGGCGGAGAAUAUGAAGAAGAUUAUUCUGUCGCACAGGGACAGUUUGCUGGCCAUGCAGUGCAGCAACAUUGGCGAUGGAGAGCUGAACAGACUGUAUGCAGCCACAUCUCUGAUGCAGAUUGAUGACAGCAUUAUGAGAAAAUUCCACGGUUAUGAGUCAGUGAGAGAGUACUAUGAGAAGGAGAGCUGUGUGCACUACAUCCACAAAAUCACUGUCCCACUCCUCCUGCUAAACUCCUUGGAUGACCCACUGGUUCAUCCAUCACUACUGGCUGUUGCACGCACUCUUGCAGAGAAAAUGCCAAAUGUGGUAUUUGCCCUGACUCAACAUGGGGGCCACAUGGGCUUUUUCGAGGGAGCUGUGCUGUUCCCUCAGCCCCUCACCUGGAUGGACAAGGUCAUAGUGGAGUACACCAACGCCGUCUGCCGCUGGGAGAAGAAGCAGUCGGUCUGUCAGAGUAGCAGCGAGUAGGACAUGAACUUUUUGUAUGGAAGCACACAAUACCACUCUGCGCGUUGCACGUACAUACAAGUCCAGAGACAAACGCACAAAGACAGCUUGCUGUACCUGCUCAGCUUCAGCACUUUUGGCCUUACAGCUACAUGAUUCUGGAACUUGUAGAUGAUUAGACAAGGCAGCCUGAGUGGAAGUGGUUAAACCAGAUUAGAAAUAAAAACCUACAGAGGUGAUUGCACAGGUGAGUGUAAUGUGAUCCCAAGCAGAAGUGUUCCUUCUGCUUUUGUUCUUUUUAUCUUUCAGGUUAACAAUAGUUUGCCCUCUGCUGGUUUUUGGCAGGUACUUCUUUCUUUAUUCUCUGAAGCAGGGUGUAUAAUUUGAAUUCUGCCAUAAGAAGGAAAAAAAGGUGGACUUUUUUUCAAGUUUUGCUUAUUGAUCAGAUAUACAGGCCAGUGAAUACUGAAAUAGAAAUAGAAUUUCAGAUAUGUCCACUAACCUGCAACAAAUAAUAUUUUAAUGAUGUUUUGGUUCUGUCCUGUUCUGAAGUCCUUUAAUUUAAAUAAGUGCAUUUUCACUAAGAGGAUGUUGCUUUUUAUUGAAGAAAAACAUCUGAUAGGAAUGUGAUUUACUCUCUCAAAUCAGGUAAUGUUUUACAGAUAUUUUUUUGGUAGGUUUUCAUGCUCAAUUUUCUCCAGUGGACUAUCAGUCUGCAUUUAGGGCAGACAAAAACAGACCCAACUGAACAUUUCUAGUUUGUUGAAACAUGUACUUGUAGUUCCAACCAUUCCAUGAAUCAAUCAAUUUACUGUAAAGCCUCCUGGUGUAGAACUCUGGUUACCCAAAACUUAUAAAUAACUAAUAAUUCCCAGUGUAGAAAUAAUUUAACUAGAAGUGACAGGUGUGGUGGUAUAAACAGCUGUUUACGGUAUGCUUCGAAGGUGAUAACAUUUUGAAUGUGUAUCUUCUUGGUCACAAUUAUGUUUCAAAUACCAGGCGUGGCUUCAGUUUAAACACUGUAGUGGUUUAAUAUUAAACUUUAGCAUCAAUUACUUUUUGGGGGAGGAUGUUGUUGUUGCUCAUAGCUGUUCAUUGCUGCCUACUGGAUGGUGGUGUUUGCAACAUAAAAGGUGAAAACAUUAAGAGUAUCGCUCUAUUGAAGAUGAUUAGUGUCACUGACAAAAAAGGAGAGGGGGGUGGAUUUUUCUAUUUUCUAUUUUCAGAAUUGUGAAAAAAAAGUCAGAAUUCUUGAACCCCCCCUUUUUUUUUUUUUGUAUACAUUUUUCCCCAGGGCCCUAAUCCUCUUUUGUAAUGCUCUGUGGUGAGUCAUGGUACUGUAAAUUUCCACCAGAAUGAUGUGAUUUCAAAGGUUUCAAACACCAGCUAAGCUGGCGAGGGCACAAAUGCAAUGUUUUUGCUGUUUUGGUUUGUUUGUUUUUAAUAUUCUGAGCUCUUAUUAUCAUGUUAAGGACUUUUGAGAUUGGUCAGUUUCCUGUGAGUUACAUUCUCAGUGGACUCCACCCAGUCUAUGUAGCCUCCAAAUUGUGCAACUUAUAUCUGCUCUGCAGAAGUCAAAUGUCAUGCAACAGCACCACAAACAUGUCCUGACUUUUUCACUGUUUGCUCGCACUUUAUUGUCUUCAAUGCACUAUGUAGAGUCAUUGACUAUUAAAAGUAAAUGAACACAUUUUUAUUGGUGUGAUAUUAUAAAUUAAGACGUUUCAAUUGUCUUUUCUCACAAUCAUUUUCUGAUGGGGUAUUGUGCAUAGUGUAAAACAUUACUCUAACUUGUUCCUGGAUGAAUGAGUUUUUUCAAGUUACUUGACAAGAUUUUUCUUUUUAGUCUCAUUUCCCAUAACAGGGGCUUGUCUGCAUUCUUGAAUUUAUGAUUAUGAUGUAUAAAAUGAAGGUAAAUGUGGGUGUUUUCAUGGUGCAGCCUGACUGUUUAUAAGUGAUUUUCACAUCAACAAAGUCACAUCACUUUGCAUUUAUUAACAGUUUAUUGUACAUGUAUUGACAUUGUUAUUGGUGCACCGGGUAGCACAAUGGGUCAAACUUUAUUAUACCAUACUGAAGAAGUCUUUAAAAAAAAAAAAGAAAA